AUGUUGAAGAAGCCUGGUCUUCGAAAGAAGACAGACACAGAAUUUCGAAGGAGCAUCCUCUCGAUUCAGGACGUCAGAAAGUACUCAGUGGUUGAUCCAUCGACUCUGAAAUUCGUUGAAGCGGUCUGUGGGACAACUGAGCAAGGCGAAGGAAAGCUGACCAUCCCCAUGAAAGCGGCUGAUGUCAGUGCGGGUGGGGUUCCACACAACUUGAGCACAUCUGACGAAUUAAAUUCUGCACUGGUCGGUAAACGAACCGUCAUUUUUAACCCUGACAACUUCUGUCUGGUUAAGUAA